CACCAUUGUGCUUGCACGCACGCAAGGCCGAUGGCCGUUCGGAGGAGCUGGCAUAUUUGGGGUUUUUGAGUGCUCAACAGGGUCCUGCAUUGCAAUUCGAUUACGAGUUGACUGUGCAGUGGCCCAGGAAAAGUCCUAAAGGCUUAAAGCCCCAUCGGUAGCCAUAUGCAUUAGCAGUAGCGACGCCCUGCCGGGCCAGCGGGAUGUCCAGGAAGGUGGAGGAGUUGAUUCUGACGGUGUGCCGCAAGCACCCGGAGGGGGUGCAAGACACGGCCCUUGAGGCGGAGCUGCCGAGUGUGGCGGUGAACGACCGCGCUGUGGCCAUCAACUCGCUGCUGGCCUCGCUCAAGCUGCAGAUCCUGGUCAACCCUGCCGAUCCCAGCAGCCACAUCUACAAGGCCAGCGCGGUGGGAGAUGCGACUCGAUUCAAGGGCCUGACCGCCGAGGACAUGCUGGUGUACCAGUGCAUCCAGGGCGCGGGCAACAUGGGCAUCUGGACGCGCGACAUGAAGCAGCGCACCAACCUGCAGCAGCCCAAGAUCAACAAGAUUUUGAAGACCCUGGAGGAGCGCUGCCUGGUGAAGAGCAUCAAAAGCGUGCAGAAUGCAAGCCGAAAGGUGUACAUGCUGUAUGAGCUGGAGCCCGCCAAGGAGCUGACAGGCGGCCCCUGGUAUGGCCCUGAUGCUUUUGACUCGGAAUUCAUCACGGUGCUGCAAGAGGCCACUAUGAGCUACAUCAAUACCAAGGGCGACGCCACGCUCGCAGACAUUGUCAGGUUCAUCAAGGAAACGGGCAUCAGCAAGCAGGCGCUCCAGGAGGAUGAUGUGGAACGCAUCAUCAACACGCUAGAAUGUGAUGGCAAGAUUGAGGGUGUGGAGGGCGAUGAGGAUGGCCUGCCGCACUACCGCCUGCCUCUCAUGAGCAUCCCAGAGGCCACCCCCUUCACCUCGAUACCAUGCGGAGUUUGCCCAGUCUUCAACGAGUGCGUGGAGGGCGGGAAGAUUAGCCCGCAGACGUGCAUCUACUUUGACCAAUGGCUCGACUUCUGACACCAUUUCUAUGCUCUAAGAAAGACCAAUGACAAGACAAUGGCGAGGACACAAAUCCCCCAUGAACGCCCUAAAGCGCUCACGCAUGCUGCGCUGCAAAGGUCGCCAUAAAACUUGAGAGCUGCUGCACCCCGCCAAGGGGCAUGCUGUUAUAGAUGGAGGCGCGCAUGCCACCCACGCUGCG